GGGUCGUGUACCUUUUUUCACGAAUCUGACUCUGAUAAACCGGUACUCAGUUAUAUGUACCAAAAUAGAUCUGCCAAAUUUGGCAAUGCGGUACAACGGGGUUCUACCGUAAUAGCUCCGUGGUAGUAGCCGAGUUAGAACUAUAUAUAUCGUUGGCAAUCUCGCUCAACAAAACAUUCUAGCUCAACUACGUAUUCAAAAAACAAAACAAUCAACGGAAGUUAUUCAUAAAAUGUCCGGCCUUUUCGAUAUAACUGGCAACUUUUCCCUCUAUACUGUAAGACUUGCAAUUCACACCCUCAUCAAUGCUGAGUCCUCACAUCCAUCCAGAUCCCUGUAGCAUGGCUUUUUGCCAACGUCUGUCAUAUUUACGCCGUCUCCGCAACUAAAUCUUUCGAUAAUUGUUCUCCCAGAGACUUUCCAAAGAGUCUUGAGUCAGAUCAAAGCAUUGACAAAGCGGUGCGCCCCCUACUCGGUAUCUGUGUCUCAGGAAGAGAAGCUAACAUUCCCUCAGAAAAAGAACCGUAUUCGUCGAGCUCACGCCGCCGGAGCUAAUGGCUUCGAAAACAUAGGACUCUUUGCUUCGGCAGUAGUGGCAGGAAAUGUUGCAGGGCUUUCCAAUUCCACGCUCAAUACUCUUAGCGGAGGAUAUUUGAUUAGUCGCGCCGUUUACCAUUUCAUCUAUAUCAAUAAUUAUAGUCAAGGAAUAGCAGCAAGCAGAUCUUUGAUUUUUCUUGUCGGGAUAGGACACAUUUUCGCAUUGUUCAUCAAAAGUGGAAAUGCCCUGAGGGAUAGAGGUACGAAUUUGUAGUAGUGGAUGAGCCGUGGCUACCGGAAUAAGAACAGUGGCUACACCGAAGUUGUAUGUAUUCACAAAAGAUAAUAAAGUAAAAACUGAAACCGCAACGGGACAAUUCUAUGUGUUUUGUCAAAAUGAUU